AUGUAUGAUCAGAGUGACAGCCAGAACAAGUCAGAGGAGCAGAUGGACUUGAGUGAGGGCAGUAGUCCCUCUGGCAGCUAUGAUGAGGGUAGCAGGAGCACACCAAGCAACCUGCCUAAGGCACAAACUAGGCAGAGAAAUAAGAAAACUUCAGACUCUGAGGAUGAGGACUUUGAGAUUGAAGAAGUCAGCUCAAAGAAGAAGGUGCUCAAGAAAGAGUAUGUUUCUGCUGCUUCCACUAAGCCAGGUCAGCACAAGAAAGCACCUGCCAGGAGAGUGCCCAUGUUAAAGGCCAGGGCAUCGACUCAAGAGGCAAUGGAAUUCACUCUAGAGGCCAGAGAAGAUGGAGAUGGCAAGAAGAGAAAAGAAAGGGUCAAGAAAACUAUUGCAAGAGUGCUUGAAAAUCCAUAUAUGAGGAGAGAUUCUGCUGGUGAGGAAGAAGAGGAAGAAGAGGAUGCUGCACCAGCACCUCCUGCUAAGACACAAAAGCUGAUGGGGGAUGGGGCUGCACCUUCAAAGCCCAAGACAGUCCCCAAAGCUCCAGCUCAAGCUCCCAAGACUGCACCCAAGAAAGCACCAGGAACAUCCCUGCUGUAG